AGAGCCACAGAGAGGAGGCAUGGCGCUGAGAGGAGUUGAGCUGGACAGAGAGAGCUUCUCUUGUUCCAUCUGUCUGGAUCUCCUGAAGGAUCCGGUAGCUAUUCCCUGUGGACACAGCUACUGCAUGACGUGCAUUCAAAGCUUCUGGGGUGAAGAGGAUGAGGAGAAAAUCCACAGCUGCCCUCAGUGCAGGCAGACGUUCACAGCCAGGCCCGUCCUGGUGAAAAACACCAUGUUAGCAGCUCUGAUGGAGGAGCUGAAGAGGAGCGGACUUCAAGCUGCUCCUGCUGAUCACUGCUAUGCUGGAGCUGAAGAUGUGGCCUGCGAUGUCUGCACUGAAAGAAAACUCAAAGCUUUCAAGUCCUGUUUGGUGUGUGUGGCCUCUUUCUGUGAGCAGCACCUUCAGUUUCAUUAUGCUUCAGCUGCUUUCAAGAAGCACAAGCUGGUGGAUCCCUCCAAGACGCUGAGGGAGAACAUGUGCUCUCGUCACGAUGAGGUGAUGAAGAUGUUCUGCCGCACCGACCAGCAGUGUAUCUGUUUUCUCUGCUCUGUGGACCAACACAAAGGCCACGACACCGUCUCAGCUGCAGCAGAGAGGACGGAGAGGCAGAGGGAGCUGGAGGAGAGUCGACUGAUCAUCCGGCAGAGGAUCCAGGACGCAGAGAAGGACGUGAAGCUGCUGGAACAGGAGGUGAAGAACAUCGAUGUCUCUGCUGAUCGGACAGUUGAGGACUGUGAGAAGACCUUCAGCCAGCUGAUCUGCCUCAUCCAGGACAGAAGCAGAGACGUUCGGCAGCAGGUCAGAUCCCAGCAGCAGACAGAGGUUAGUCGAGUGCGAGGGCUUCAGGAGACGCUGGAGCAGGAGAUUGCCGAGCUGAGGAGGAAAGACGUCCAGCUGGAGCGGCUCUCACGCACAGAGGACCACAGCCAGUUCCUGCUCAGCUUCCCCUCACUGUCAGCUCACACACUGCCCACACACUGCUCCAGCUUCCACGCUGCUCCUCUCAGAUACUUUGAGGACGUGACAGCAGCUGUGUCAGAGAGCAGAGAGAAACUCCAGGACAUCCUGAGUGAGACAUGGACAAACAUCUCACUGAGAGUGACUGAGGCGGACGUUUUACUGUCACAACCAGAGAAUACGAACAGAGCUGAAUUCUUCAAGUACUCACGUGAACUCACACUGGAUCCAAACACAGCAAACAAACAGCUGCUGUUAUCAGAGGGAAACAGGAAAGUCUCAUUAAUGAAGAAUGAACAGAGUUAUCCUGAACAUCCUGACAGAUUCAGCUUAUUUUGGCAGGUUCUGAGCACAGAGAGUCUGACUGGACGCUGUUACUGGGAGGUGGAGAUGAGGGGAGACGUCCGUGUAGCUGUCGCAUACAAGGACAUCAGCAGAGUAGACUGGAUUGAGAGUGUAUUUGGUAAUAGUGACAAGUCAUGGGGAUUGGAUUGUUCCAAACACAGUUAUAGUUUUUAUCACAAUGAAGUUGAAACUCCGGUGUCAGGUCCUCCUUCCUGCAGAGUGGGAGUGUAUCUGGAUCAUCCAGCAGGUAUCCUGGCCUUCUACAGCGUCUCUGAGACCAUGACUCUCCUCCACAGAGUCCAGACCACCUUCACUCAGCCACUCCUCGCUGGAAUCUGGUUUUAUGGCCUGUUUGCCUCUGAUAGAAGUGCAGAAUUCAUCAAAAUAAAAUAGACUGAGGUCAGAUCAGGUGCAGUGAUUCGGUCUGACCCUGUAACUGGACUCAAUGAGUCUCCGCUGCUGAGAGCUCCUUGUUUUAUUUCUACACUGCACACAGAUCAGUUGUCAAUCAAACAGGCUUUGACAGAACUUUUCUUCUUCUGCUUCUCUACUUAUUUUGUCUCUCACACCUUUGUGUUCAGAAACCUUCCAUCAAGUUUGGGUGCAAAGAGGCGUUUGAGAGUCCUGACACGUGAGACAGCAGACAUGGCAUCUUAACGGACGUGAGCUCAUUUCAUGUGCCGUGACGUUGACUGGAUGCAGAUAAACCUCAGAGGGAGUACGCACAGGGGUGUGUCUGCUCUUCCUUUUUUUUGGUGGGAUUGUUGAAACAAAUAUUGUAAUUUAUUUAUUUUUCAAAAAAGGGAAUCACUUGUUUGGAGAUGGGAAACUGAAGAGUCUUCUCAAAAAGUUGAAUUAACUUUUUUUGUACAUCUUUGGAAACAUCCAAAAUUUUCUCAAAGUUCAAUAAACAAUGUGUUUUGAUGGUUAAUAUGAAGAGUCAAUUUCUGUACUCAUCAAACACUCUGACUAAAUUACAACCUUUCCAGACAAUUUUGCCUUUUUAAGAUAAUACUCUACAUAUUUUUAAUGCUCAGACAGAAAACAUUAAGGAAAAUCUGAGGAGUGAAGAAAAUGAUCAGAAGCUUUGAUUACACUGAGUAAAAAGCACUUUCAAUUGUUUAUUUAGGUCUUUCAGCUCAGUCAUUUAAUUGUAUAAAUAAGUAGAUCUUCAUCGGGAGGAGGUAACGAGGAAGACUGAGGACAUGUUGGAGAGACUGUCUCUCAGCUGGCCUGGGAACGUCUCGGGAUCCUCCUGGAAGAGCUGGAGAAAGUGUCCAGGCUGAAGCUGCUGUUGUGGGCAAAGUGACCCUCGAUGAGCUGUGUGUACCUCUGCCUGGAACUUCCUGAUGAACCUCUCCAGAUCCCCCCCCGGGAAGAUUCCAUCUCCAUCGAAGAUGAAGCAGAUACUG